AUGAGGAGGCCAGGCGGAGGAGGAGGAGGAGGAGGAGGGGGGCACAACUACGGCGGUGGUGAUUCAUCAGCUGCCUAUGCAGCUGCGGGAAUGGCGCCAUCGCCUCACAUGCAUCAUCAUCAGCAGCAGAGCAGCAAGUCUGAGCGUCAUAGUAGUAAUCACAAUCAAUGGAGAUUGGAAAGAGAUGGGGCCAGACUAUCCAGCCCUAUGUCACCCCACAUGUUCCACAAUGAAGGUCAAGGGAACGAAGCACCUAGGUCUUACUACCAAGCCCAAAGGCCAGAGCCAAGGAUGGCACCGGAGAGGCAAGGCAGCCAUGAUUCAAGGUCUCAACCUCGUGGAGAAGAUAUGAAUAUGGGGUAUGAAGAGAAUUUCAUGCCGCAGACUUUUGAAGGACUUGAGGAGAAAUUCCUCGAUGAUCUCAUGAAACUGAGCAAGGAGCAAAUUGAUGCGGAGGACGCGGAAAUUGCUAGGCAUCGGGAGAGAAUAAAUAUGAUCAAUGCACAAUAUCAAGAACAGCUUGUUGCACUUCGAGCUCAACAUGCCAGUCGGAGAGAUGAGUUUCUUCGACGAGAAUCUCAUUCCAGACAACAACAAUACCAGCAGGCUUCAAUGGACCACUAUUCUAGCAGUGGCCAUGGUGAUCCUCAAGGGUACAGUACGGGGACUCCUCCAGCUAGAGAUCCACAGCGACUUUACAAUGCUGAUAAUUAUGAUUCUCAUAGAGAGCGUGCACGAUUUCUUGGUAGUGGCAGGAACGAUGAUUUUGAGCAUAGACUUCAGUACCCUGGUGGCCGGUUAUAUGAUACUGGCUCACGUUAUUAUUGAAGUGUAGCAGCUCAUGAUUUCUAAAUCAGUGGAUAGAGAUGUAAGUGCAAAGCUGAUGCUGCCUUAUCAUCUGGUCAUCUAUUUCUCUAGUUGUGUGGUUUCCAGCCAUUUGUAUCAAGGCCAAAUGUUAAUUUUUCAUGCUUGUGAGACCAUUUCCCAACAUAGAGAAGAGAGUGCAAAGCUGAUGCGGCCUUAUCAUUUAGCCAUCUAUUUCUCUAAUUGUGUGGUUUCUAACUAUUUGUAUCAAGGCCAAAUGUUAAUUUUUGAUGCUUGUGAGACCAUUUCCCAAUACACUAACCACUCUUGCUCUAUAAAAUGCUAGUAUUUGACAUA